AUGCGCGGCCCUGGGCUCUGGCUGCUGGGCGCGCUGUGGCUGCAGGUCACCGCCCCCAGCACUGCCCUGCCCCCGGGACAGCAGUUCCAGGUGGUUCGGCCCCUGCGCCUGCCCGAGCCCCGAGCCCGCCGGGCCCUGCCGUCCCACGCGGGCCUGUACCCAGAAAGUGUGAGCUAUGUCCUGGGGGCUCGCGGGCACAACUUCACCCUGCACCUGAGGAAGAACAGGGACCUGCUCGGCUCCGGCUACGUGGAGACCUACACAGCUGCCAACGGCUCCCAGGUGGCAGAGCAGCCACCCUUGCAGGACCACUGCUUCUACCAGGGCCACGUGGAGGGGCACCCACACUCUGCCGCCAGCAUGAGCACCUGCGCUGGCCUCAGGGGCUUCUUCCAGGCAGGCCCGGCCGCUCACCUGAUUGAGCCCCUGGACGGGGCGGGCGAAGCGGGGCCGCACGCGCUGUACGAAGCGGAGCAGCUGCCGCCCACACUGGGCACCUGCGGGGUCAGCGACGCCAGCCUGGAGCACGUCCUGGGGCCACGCAUCUCGGCCGCCCUGAGGCCGCGGCCGACCCACUCUGUCACUGCUCCCCAGAACUGGCCGCCGCCCCGAGAGACCGGCUACGUGGAGCUGUACGUGGUCGUGGACAAGGCAGCGUUCCAGGUGUCAGGAAGCAGGGCGGCGGUGCGCCAGCGGGUGCUGGACGUGGUCAACCACGUGGACAAGCUGUACCGGGAGCUCAACCUCCGCGUGGUCCUGGUGGGCCUGGAGAUCUGGAACGACAGGAACAGGAUCGACGUCAGCCCCGACCCCAGCGCCACCCUGGACAACUUCCUGGCCUGGCGGGCGAGGGACCUGGUGGGGCGGCACCAGCACGACAACGUGCAGCUCGUCACCGGGAUCGACUUUGAAGGAAGCACCGUGGGGCUGGCCAGGGUGUCCACCAUGUGCUCGGGGGCCUCCGGGGCUGUGAACCAGGACCACCACCGGCACCCCAUGGGCGUGGCGUCCACCAUGGCCCACGAGAUGGGCCACAACCUGGGCAUGGACCACGACCAGAACGUGCAGGGCUGCUACUGCCCGGUGCCCACCGAGGACGGCGGCUGCGUCAUGUCGGCCACACUCAGCCCCAAGUUCCCCAGGAGGUUCAGCCACUGCAGCCGGGCCGACCUGGAGACCUUCGUGGAGAAGAGCCCUGCGAGCUGCCUGGGAAACCCCCCGGACCCCGGCCGGCUGGUGGGCGGCCCCGUGUGCGGGAACCAGUUCCUGGAGCGGGGGGAGCAGUGCGACUGCGGGACACCCCAGGAAUGUCGGAACCCCUGCUGCAACGCCACCACCUGCCAGCUGGCCGAGGGGGCUGAGUGCGCACAAGGGGCCUGUUGCCAGCACUGCAAGGUGAAGCCGCCUGGGGAGCCGUGCCGUGCGGCCAGGGACACAUGCGACCUGGAGGAGUUCUGCGACGGCCAGCAGCCCGCGUGCCCCGAGGACGUCUUCCAGGAGAACGGCAAGCCCUGCCCGGGCAGCUACUGCUACGAGGGUGGCUGCCCCACGCUGGCCGGGCGCUGCCGGGACCUGUGGGGGCCAGGCGCCCGGGCCGCCGCGGAGAGCUGCUACCGUUACAGCAUCUUGCCCGGCUGCAGUGGCGGGACCAGCUCCGGAGGUGCUGGCAGGUGCGGGGUCCUGUUCUGUGAGGGGGGGCAGAGGCCCCAGGGGCGCAGCUCCUGCACCCUCACUGUCGCCUCGGACUCCUGCCAGGCUCUGGGCCUGGAUGACGCUGCCUACGAGCCGGUGCCCGAAGGCACCAGGUGUGGUGAGGACAAGGUGUGCUGGAGGGGGCAGUGUCGGGACCUCCAGGUGUACAGGAGAAGCUGCUCCUCUGGGUGCAGCCACCAUGGGGUCUGCAACCACAAGGGCCAGUGCCACUGCCAGCCAGGCUGGGCCCCACCUGACUGUGCCCAGCAGCUGACCCACACACGUCCAGCAUCCGGAAGCUUCCCGCUGGGUGUGCUGGUGCCCGGGCUGCUCCUGGCGACCCUGGCGCUGUCCCUGGCAGGCGUGCUCAUCCACCGCAAGCUCCGGAGGAGGAGCCCGGAGCCCAAGGCGGCCGUGGGGCUCUCCAACCCCCUGUUCCACGCAGGGGGCAGCGCACCAUCCACGGUCGCCCAAGUCCCAGAGCUGGCCCCCACCACCCACCCCCUCCAGCCCUCCCAACCCGCAGCUUCUGCAGUGGCCCCUAAGCGGCCACCGCCGGCGCCUCCGGCCGCCCUGUCCAGCACCCCCUUCCCGGUACCUGUGUACACGUGGCAGGCCCCAAACCAGGUUGUCAAGCCCACCUGCGCACCCCCGAUGCCGCCCGUGAAGCCCAGGCCUGGAGAGGCCCAUCCUGGGCCUGCUCAGGGCCCCGCAGGCGCCAGGGGUGCGCUGAAGCCCCCCGCCCUGCGGAGGUGA